GGGGAGCUGGACCGACAGCGUGGCUGCAGUGCCGCAGAAAUACAACUGGUCCAGUCGACCAGCAGUCAAGCUGCUAAUAACAUCCUCAGCUUGAGUCCUUUUGAAUGGACAUUUUGGACACAUUUUAUGUAACUGUGUGCCUUACAACCCAACACGCGAGUGGGUUUAUUUUUUUUGAGGGAGCAUAAGCGUGUGUGGAGUAACGCCCACUGUCACGGAUAUCUGGCCGAGAGGCUGACAGUGACAGACCGUAGAAAGCAGCCUGCUUUCCCCGGCGCCGGGAGCCACCAACCCGGCCGGUGGGAUCGGCUAGCUGGAAGGCUAGCUAACUGUCAUUAGCCGAGGAGAUCCUCUCUGACCAAUAUCCUCACACACUUUGCUGCCUUGACGUCAACUUAAAAGGUGUGAAGAUGGACUGAAACAUGAAGGGUGGAACUGUCCCAUUACCCAAAUAAGAGGGUGUCUCUUUUAGGUUGUGCUCUGCAGCUUCACUCUGACUGAGCUGGGAGACAGAGAGGAAGAUGCCUCCCAGGCCGUCCUCAGGGGAGCUAUGGGGCAUCCACUUGAUGCCUCCCAGGAUCCUGGUGGACUGCCUGCUGCCCAAUGGGAUGAUUCUGACCCUGGAGUGUCUCCGUGAGGCCACGCUCAUCACCAUCAAACAUGAGCUGUUCAAAGAGGCCAGGAAAUAUCCUCUUCAUCACCUCCUGCAGGAGGAGACCUCCUACAUCUUUGUCAGUGUAACACAAGAAGCAGAGCGGGAGGAGUUCUACGACGAGACCCGGAGGUUAUGUGAUCUCCGACUCUUCCAGCCUUUCCUCAAGGUCAUUGAACCAGUUGGCAAUAGAGAGGAAAAGAUCCUCAACAGAGAGAUUGGUUUUGCCAUUGGCAUGCCUGUGUGUGAGUUUGACCUUGUGAAGGACCCGGAGGUUCAGGACUUCAGGAGAAACAUCCUGAAUGUUUGUAAAGACUCUGUGGAGAUGAGAGAUGCCAGCGGGCCCCACAGCAGAGCGCUCUAUGUUUAUCCUCCCAAUAUAGAAUCCACACAGGAACUUCCAAAACACAUCGAAAGCAAGCUGGACAAAGGUCAGAUUAUCGUUGUGAUUUGGGUGAUUGUUUCUCCAAACAAUGACAAACAAAAGUAUACACUGAAGAUCAACCACGACUGUGUGCCUGAACAGGUGAUUGCAGAGGCCAUUCGUAAGAAGACACGCAGCAUGCUGCUGUCCCCAGAGCAGCUGAAGAUGUGUGUGCAGGAAUAUCAGGGUAAAUACAUCCUCAAAGUGUGUGGCUGUGAUGAGUACCUGCUGGAAAAGUACCCCAUCAGCCAGUAUAAGUAUAUCCGAAGUUGCAUCAUGCUGGGCAGGCUGCCUAACCUGAUGCUAAUGGCCAAAGACAGCUUAUACUCUCAGUUGCCUACAGACAACUUUGUCAUGCCGUCGUACUCUCGACGUAUCUCCACGGCAACAUCCUAUAUGAAUGGCGAGGCAUCUGCCAAGUCGCUGUGGACCAUCAACGGGACCCUGCGGAUACGAAUCCUGUGUGCCACCUAUGUUAACGUCAAUAUACGGGACAUAGACAAGAUUUAUGUGAGAACAGGCAUUUACCAUGGAGGUGAACAGAUGUGUGACAAUGUCAACACGCAGAGAGUACCUUGUUCUAACCCGAGGUGGAAUGAAUGGCUCACCUAUGAUAUGUACAUCCCUGACAUACCUCGAGCCGCCAGACUCUGCCUCUCCAUCUGCUCUGUCAAAGGCAGGAAGGGAGCCAAGGAGGAGCACUGUCCACUAGCUUGGGGUAAUAUCAACAUGUUUGACUACACUCACACUCUAGUGGCCAACAAGAUGGCUCUGAAUCUUUGGCCUGUCCCUCACGGCCUUGAAGACCUCCUCAAUCCCAUCGGAGUCACUGGAUCCAACCCUAAUAAGGAAACCCCAUGCCUGGAGCUGGAAUUUGACCACUUCAGUAGUUUGGUCAAAUACCCAGAAAUGAAUGCAGUAGAGGAUCAUGCAAACUGGACCAUCUCAAGGGAACUGGGGUUUAACUACAACCUUUCUGGACAGAGCAACCGGUCGGCCAGAGAUCACGCCCUGACGGAUAGUGACACUGAGCAGAUGAGACAGCUGAGUAACAGAGACGCUCUCUCAGAAAUCACUGAGCAGGAGAAAGACUUCCUCUGGAGACACAGACACUACUGCAUGAACAUCCCUGAGAUCCUUCCCAAGAUCCUGCUCUCUGUCAAAUGGAACUCCAGGGAUGAAGUAGCACAGAUGUACUGUCUGUUGAAGGAAUGGCCGUCCACCCGCCCUGAGCAGGCCAUGGAGCUGUUGGACUGUAACUACCCAGACCCCAUGGUCAGACACUUUGCUGUGCGCUGCCUCGAAAAAUACCUGACCGACGACAAACUGUCCCAGUACCUCAUUCAACUUGUACAGGUAUUAAAAUAUGAGCAGUAUCUCGACAAUCCCCUGGCCCGUUUCCUCCUCAAAAAGGCUCUGACCAAUCAAAGGAUAGGUCAUUUCUUCUUCUGGCAUCUAAAGUCAGAAAUGCACAACAAAACAGUGAGCCAGAGGUUUGGGCUGCUGCUGGAGGCGUACUGCCGGGCCUGUGGGAUGUACCUCAAACACCUGAGCAGGCAAGUGGAGGCCAUGGAGAAGCUCAUUAACCUCACUGACAUCCUCAAACAGGAGAAGAAGGAUGAGACGCAGAAGGUCCAGAUGCGGUUCCUUGUGGACCAGAUGAAGAGGCCUGACUACAUGGAUGCUCUGCAGAACUACACGUCUCCUCUCAACCCUGCACACCAACUGGGAAACCUGAGGUUGGAUGAAUGCAGGAUCAUGUCGUCAGCGAAGAGACCGUUGUGGCUGAACUGGGAGAAUCCUGACAUCAUGUCCGAGCUGCUCUUUCAGAACAAUGAGAUCAUCUUCAAAAAUGGAGAUGACCUGCGGCAGGACAUGCUGACGUUGCAGAUUAUUAAAAUCAUGGAGAACAUUUGGCAGAAUCAGGGGCUGGACCUACGGAUGCUUCCGUACGGCUGUCUGUCGUUGGGAGACUGUGUGGGGCUCAUUGAGGUGGUUCGCAGCUCCCACACCAUCAUGCAGAUUCAGUGUAAAGGAGGCUUGAAAGGAGCCCUGCAGUUCAACUCAAACACUCUGCACCAGUGGCUCAAGGACAAGAACAAGGGCGAGAUGUAUGACCUGGCUGUGGAUCUGUUCACGAGGUCCUGUGCUGGCUACUGUGUAGCUACAUUUAUCCUCGGGAUAGGAGACAGACACAACAGCAACAUUAUGGUCAAAGAUGAUGGACAGUUGUUUCACAUAGAUUUUGGCCAUUUCCUUGACCAUAAGAAGAAGAAGUUUGGCUACAAGAGAGAGCGUGUGCCCUUUGUGCUGACACAAGACUUCCUCAUCGUCAUCAGCAAGGGAUCCCAAGAGUGUGCCAAGACCAAAGAGUUUGAGAGGUUCCAGGAGAUGUGUUAUAAAGCCUACCUGGCCAUCCGGCAGCAUGCGAACCUGUUCAUCAACCUGUUCUCCAUGAUGCUGGGCUCCGGCAUGCCUGAGCUGCAGUCAUUUGAUGACAUUGCCUACAUCAGGAAGACGCUGGCCUUGGAGAAAAGCGAACAGGAGGCGUUGGACUACUUUAUGAAACAGAUGAACGAUGCUCACCAUGGAGGGUGGACCACCAAGAUGGACUGGAUAUUCCACACAAUCAGACAGCAUGCACUGAACUGAUCUCCUGCACACAAACAACACAACACCAGUCCCGCCAUGAAGUAACACCUCAGUGAUGAAGGAAGUUUACACCCAUACCAUUUCUGUUCAUCUAAACAAGGUUCCUGUUUUUCUUUGGCCAUAAUCAUAUGCUUUCUUCUCAACAAUCGGUUCUACAAGAGAUUGUUGUCUCCAUGUCCUUGUGAAGAUAUUCCCUUCCUGGCCAAUGCAUCCACAAACGGGAACAAACUGGGAAACAAAGAACAUGUUACCUCUCACCCUGCUGCUCUUGUUGGGAAAACACAAAUUGGACAAAACAGCUUAAAGAAAAUCGUCUGAAUCCACAAAGUAAAACCAACUUGCUGCCGUUCCACUGUGUUAGCUCUGCACUGCGGCUCCAUCCCAGAAAGAGAUGCUUGUAUCUCUGCUGAGAAGAUAGCGUGCACAAAAGAACAUGUCAUACCUAGUAUUUGUUACGCAAAUAUGUUGCACAUCGCAAGAUUAAAGAAGUAUGACGUAAGUAUGACUUACCACUGUUCCCUCCUGAGCUGAUUUGGUGUCAGCUUCGCCACCUUUAACCCUCUGUGAAAAAAACUGCAUAAGAGCCUGUCGGUUGUUUUGCACAGCUCUAGAGUCUCCCUCGGCCUCAAAGAAAAAGCACUCCACCCUUGGGAACAUUUGUUGGUGGUGCUGCUUUAGACUCAUAAACUUCAGGGUGAUGAUGCCUCUCCAUCAAAAAACAGCACUUAAAAAGUAGUAGAAUACUAUACAGGUUUAUUAUGACUUUUUUAAUUUAUUUAUGUAUCUAGUUUGUCCUUUUUUUACACAUGCAACACUCAACUCUCCAGAAACACACUUGUUUGUUUUAAUAUAUAUUUGGAGUCUUUUUGUAUUUGUGCUUCCUUUAUCUGACUACCAUGAGUUCUGCAAAUGAAGACUACUAAUGCCCUUUUCGCCUCCUGCACUUCUAAGUUAAACAUCAGUUUGUUAGUAACGCUAGUUUGCAGCUUGGAAUUUGUGAUAAUGAAUGUGUUUGGGGAUGCACAUUUGGUAAUGAAGGAAAGUGCCAGUCUCACGCUUUGAAUAAUGUGAUCUAUUUAAAGCCUCUGGCUGUCUAUUUAGUUGGCGAGCAGAAGCCCAGGGGAAUGUCACGUCUUCCUGAUGAUAAAAUGCCUUGGCGUCACAGAACCUGAUUCACAUUGCUAAGCCCGACAGCCUAAAUAUUUGUAUUAAACAAACCACCACUAUUUACAUGAAAAGCUAGAUUUUUGGUUUUAGUAACAUGAAAACCAAUAUUUUUUUUAUUAUUUCUAACUAUGUGAUAUUUAAUCUCUAUAAAUGUCAACUGAUGGACAUAGUUCGUCAUACACAUUUCAUUUAUAUAUGUUUAUCCGUUUUUAUUUGAAUAACAUCUUUCACUGAGCAUGUAAUAAACCUGGCAGUAUUUGAACAAUGCUCUCUAAAUGACAUGUCACUUGUUAGACGCUUUUAUCCAAAGCGACUUCCAUACAUUCAAUACUGUGGACAAUCCCCACACACAGCAAAGUGUCUUGCCUAGGGACACGACGACAUGCUGACUGCAGUGGGAUUCGAACUUGGUACCCCCUGAUUUGAAGUCCAGCACUCUAUCCACUGAGCCACAGCCGCCCUAAAUCCUUGCUCUUUAUUUUCCAAACUUUUUACAUAUCCUCCCCAACGGAAACAUAUGAGCGUGUAGGUUUUUCAACAUUUUUAAGUCAAAACAAAAUAGCCUUUACAAAUUCCAUUGGAUCGCUCAAUAGUAAGCAGAUAGAGUGAUAUAUAGCUGUAGAGGAAGCAUAGUCUCUACCUCCUUCAGCUGUGGUGUGUUUAGGCAGAGGACGAGGGGACAUUUCUGAAUUAGACGUUAGCGCCAUUCUUUGGACAUGUUAACAUCGUUUUAUCAACUGAUAUCAACAUGCUUUUUUAUCUGGUAGCUCGAUUAAGCCACUCUUAAGUUCUAUAGUGAUCGUCACAAUCACAUUUCAUUGAAAGACAGGGAUUUUGAUUUUGUUCCAUUGACCAAAGUCACCUUGUCUUUUGAGAUUGGUAUUAGUUAUAAAAUGUGUUUUUGUAAACAGAAAGCCCUGAUUGACUGUAAGCUUAGCCAGUUGAGAACGUGUCAAAUGAUGAGCUUUGUUGAGGAGAGAGUAUUAUUUAACAAAAGUAGCUCAGAGCAGCAUCAUGAGCCCCUGACACCUCUAAGGUGUACCUAGAAAUAUAUUUGGAUGUGCUCAUGGCUAAAUGAUCAUCUUCUGUUUGAAAGUAGAUCUGCCAGUGAAAAAGGAAGUAUGCACUUUUCCCAACUGUUGAUUGUAUGGAAAAGCCUAAAUGGUGUCUGUUCUGGUAUGGCACACCUGUGUGUUGUCAUAUUACUGCAACAUUAGUGGCUAGAAUGUAUUGAGCCGUCAAAUAUGUGCACUCUUUUUCUGGUUUUUGCGUCAUUUAUGGUUUCUCUCUAAAGUGUCAAAUGCAGUGCCACUAAACAUACAAGAGGUGAUCGGCAGAGAGCUCUUCUCUUCUUUCUCUCAAUGUGCCAAACACAGGUUCACUGAGGCCUGUGGAAGAUAAUGCUGGAAGGAAGUAGGCAUAUCAGUUGAUCUUAAAAUAUAAAAGAAGAGGUUGGUGUAUGCACCUUAAAAUAGCCUUUUUGUCCAGAAGGACUCUGUGAGAAGAACAUUAGCCUAGUGUGCAUGUCAGGAUAACCAGUUUGUAUAUUUUGAAGCAGCAUUAGCCGUAUGUAUGUAGAGUUGCAGUCAGACUGCUUUGUUUUCUAUCCUGAGCUCAUAUAUGACAACCUGCAGUGUUACUGUCAUUAUUAUCUCUUCACAUGUAUAUGUUUGUGUGAACUCAUUGUCUCUCUGUACAGGAUGCAGAGCUUCAUUGGCAGGCUCCAAUGAAAACCCACACUGUGUGUAUGUAGCUUACAUGUGUGAGAUGACACUUUUUAAUUGUUUGUUAGGAAACAUAAGUGAGAGGGAACUUUUCAUACGGUUGUAAAUGUUUUACUUGAGAUAUUGCAUAUCAGAACCGCAGCUGUAUUUUGUUUUUAAGUUGAGUUGCUGUGCAUUGUCUAUUUAGUACUGAUUGUGAGAGCGUGUGUGUGUGUGUGUGUGUGUGUGUGUGUGUGUGUGUGUGUGUGUGUGUGUGUGUGUGUGUGUGUGUGUGUGUGUGUGUUAAAGCAGGGCUGUUUGUUUAAUAAUGUGGUUAUUGAUGCCACAGUUAUACAUGAGUGAAGAAACAAGUAUUUCUUGAAGUGAUGAAUGUUGUUCUAGAGCCAAAUUCCAGGUGCAAAGUAUUACAAAUAUAUAUGUAUUGUUCUUUCAUUAUCCUGAGCCUCAAACUCAUGAAAAUUAGGUCCAAGUGAUAGCUCUCACAGACAGCAUGAUUAUGUGUCUCAAGUUCUGCUUGUCCUCAAUGUAUGCACUGAAUUUGUACAGGGUAUCUGCAAUAGUAUUGCACUUGUUUUUCCACCUGUGGAGGCUGUGGUGGCUCCCAUGCUUUAUCCCUUUUGACUUUAAAGCAACAUUGAAAACACCGAAAUGUGUAAUGGUAUGAAUCAACAAUCUACACAAUGAUACAUUAUCAUUUACCUGCUGUUUUCUCAGAAUGUGGAGUUAUUGAAUAUCUUUGAACCCGCUUGUGUGCUGAGAAAUACUGUGAGAUUUAGUGAGGGAAGGGAGGUCCUGUUUCCAUUCAUCUGCAGUUUGCCCCUGCUAAUACAAUCACAAUAUUUUAGCUAUGAUUUGAAGACAACCAGUGGACAUAAUAACAAACACACAGGAAAUAAGAAUGCAAUUCAAUGCAAUAUCCAUGCAGUGUUUACUGCUCUGUGAAAACCUAUUGUUUUUUAUGAUAUUCAAAUUUGUUUCUGUUACUAUCUGUAAACAUAAUCAACAGGUGUUAGUUUGUCCACCACCUGUAGGAACUGUAUUGUUUCUUUAAAGCAGUUAAAAAGCCACUGUUACUGCUUUUGUUUUUAAUACAAAUUGCAUUGCUAGGAAGCCUUUGAAUAGGCUUUGAACAGAAUGAAUGUCAAGGGUUUUAAACUAUUGUACUUCCAAGAGCAAGUAUGACUAAUCAAUAAGAUUAUUGAUCAUUAGUGAUCAUUUUGCUUUUGAAGUAUCCUAAAUGUUAAAGGGAAAUAUCGACUAAAUUGUCUGUAGCUUAAUGUUCAGUUCUGUAUGCAGUGCUCUAAACUACACUAGUGUGUCUCUAAUAUGUCCUCAACAUGCCGUGCUGUCAGGACCUUAAUCUAUACUAUGAAUGAAUGUACAUCGAGCCAUGUUUCCCACAGCCUACCUGCAUGAGAGGAAUAUUCUUUUUCAUUGUUUUAGUUUUCAUAUUCAGCCUGCUAAGCAGCCAUACAAAUGUUUAGAAAUGAAUGCCUUACGUUUACUCCUAUAGGAACAUUUUCAUAGUCACAAUAACCUGCAUUUAUUAAAAGAAAACUAUUUCCUUUGGGCUCGCAGGGUAAAGAUUUGUACCCUGACCGACUGACUGGUCAUCUGAGUGUUUGUGAAGAUGUACAAAUAAAUGUGUUAAACAUUCA